AUGAUCAUGAGGACUCUGUGUUGUCUUGUCUGCAUUCUCUUUGGGUUCUACCCAUUCGUGCUUGCGCUCGACGGCCGAUCGGCACUCGUCCACCGUCAAGCCCAGCAGAAUUCGAGCGCAGUACUGGUGGAUUUCCAAGUCUAUAAACCCGUAGAGUUUGUCCCCGAGAGCACCGGGUGCAAUGAAGUUCUGUUGCUUAUGGAGCAUCAAUUCGCGUUCAGUUAUGGACAUCCGUUCGUAGGAAACUACGUGCCACCCGCGUGUGACUUCGACACAGUCAGAAUCAAUCUCACUGUGACCUCGCAAGGGCGUCAGUACGACCGUCUGGCUCUGAUGUUUUUGGGUGACAUUGAAGUCUUCCGAACAUCGACGGCAGAGCCGACUACCAAUGGGAUUAUUUGGACAUAUAUCAAGGAAAUGUCGCAGUACCUCGCUCUGUGGAAGACCCCCCAGAAGCUGAUUUUCGAUCUGGGAAAUCUCAUCGACAACACUUACACCGGUCCGUAUAAUGUAACGCUCACAGCGUCUUUUACCAAGCAGAACAAUGUCCGGGUGGCGGACGUCAUUCUACCUAUUUCAUCCCGGCAGUCGGCUAACAACGUCUCGAGCGCGUUCAAUGUCCCGGGGGACAAUGCGACGGUAGCCCUGAAGAUUCCCCAGACCGCUUCGCGGGCGAUAGUGUCCAUUUCGGCAUGCGGCCAAUCUACGGAAGAGUUCUGGUGGUCCAACGUCUUCUCACAGGAUACGGACGACUUCAAUUCCACCGUAGGUGAGCUUUAUGGGUACUCGCCUUUCCGCGAAAUUCAACUUCUCAUCGAUGGUGUGCUUGCGGGCGUCGUGUGGCCGUUCCCUAUUAUCUUCACUGGCGGAGUAGCCCCAGGCUUUUGGCGCCCAAUUGUUGGGAUCGAUGCUUUUGAUCUGCGCGAACCGGAAAUAGACAUUUCUCCAUUUCUUCCCCUCUUAACAGACGGGAAAGCGCAUUCGUUCCAGAUUAAGGUUGUUGGACUCAACACUCCUCCCAAUGGACCAGUGACGCUAUCACAAUCGGUUGGUUCAUACUGGGUCGUUACGGGGAAGGUGUUUGUGUACUUGGAUGAUGGUACGACAAAUAACUCAGUCAAUGCAUCUGAGCGAAGAGUGCUUCCAAAGGUUGUCGCACCGAAACCAGAAUUCACUAUCACGCGGAAUCUGGUGCAGAACUCCCGGACUGGUGCCAACGAAUCCCUUUCUUACUCCGUCAAAGGCAAACGAACUUUCAGCAUCACAUCUGGCAGUACUUCGUGGACUCAGACUCUGUCCUAUUCCAACGUUGGACUGCUCAAUCAGCAAGGAAUAAGUCAGAGGAACAUCCUAAGCACCACAGGGGAAUCAUCGUCCUCUGGAAUUGGCCUCGAUGGAACCCAGACCGAGUAUCGUACGACUUUUAAUUACCCGCUCGAUGUCAAUACGACUUACGGAAUUGGCAAAAACUCACUGACCAUCAACGCAUUGAUGAGCCGUGGUCUUGAGAUAUCUUCUACUGGCGGACUCGGCAUAUCCACAUACACACUUACCUCUGGACCUUCCGAUCUCCAGACAAAACAGUGGGGAACAGCCUACUACUCUUCCAUCACGGGUGGCAGUUCCUUAUCCUCUGGAGAGACAACUGAUAAAUUCACGGAAACGUCUGGAGGCACGACAUACAACAGAUAUGUAAGAGCGGUAAAUGGCACCGUCAUCGAUAACGGGCAGAAUAGCGAACCGAUUUCGCCUCUGGCGCAAAGCGGCUGGCGGUUCUCACCUGGAAGGGCCAGCGUGAGGAGUAUUCUGGGGCGCGGACCUGGAAAACUUUAUGGCUAG